CCAGUCUCCCCCGGUCUCCCAUCAGUUGGGAGUGCCGUGUUGCUGCCGUUGCGCGGGAUGCGGGAUCGUCGUGGAAGCUUCGAUGACGCCUUCAGUCCCAUGGUCUCAAUGCCCUCAGUGGUUGACCUGGAUUCAGGCACUCGCUUGGAGAAGGACUUGUUGGGCUCCAAGGAGGUGCCAAAGACGGCCUACUACGGAAUCCAAACCAUGCGGGCAUUGGAAUGCUACAACAUUACGGGCAUCCGCUUGCGGAAUUUCCCGGAGUUCAUUGUGGCGUUUGCCAUGGUGAAGAAGGCUUGCGCCAAUGCCAACUACAAGUUGGGCUUGCUCGAGGUCAAGAAGAAAGAGGCCAUCUGCCGUGCCUGUGAUGAGCUGAUCGACCCACGUUUGGAUGCACACAGCAAGGGCGUGGAGAUGCGUGAGAAUUUCCUGGUGGACAUGAUUCAAGGUGGGGCAGGGACUUCAACCAACAUGAACGCCAAUGAGGUCAUUGCGAACCGUGCGCUGGAGUUAUUGGGCCAUGAGAAGGGCCAGUAUGAGUUUUGCAGCCCCAACGACGACGUCAACAAAGGGCAAUCGACGAAUGAUUCCUAUCCCACCUCUGCGAAGUUGGCCUGUAUCCUGAUGCAUUCGGAGCUGCUGAACGCCAUCAAGCUCUUGAGCAAGAGUUUCUUCAAGAAGGCAGAGGAAUUCGCCGAUGUGGUGAAGAUGGGCCGGACCCAGUUGCAAGACGCCGUCCCGAUGACCCUGGGGCAGGAAUUCCAUGCCUACGGGAAUUCGGUGGCCAGCGAUAUUGAUGCCCUGAGCAAUGCGGUCAACAGGUUCUGCACCUCGAAUCUGGGCGGCACGGCCAUCGGCACCGGCAUCGCGGCGGAUCCCCACUUCUCUCAGGUGGCGGUGCAGGAGUUACGCUCCGUCACGGGCCACCCCAUGAUUCUGGCAGAUGAUUUGAUCGAAGCCUCCAGUAGUGUGGGAGACAUGAUCUACUUCUCUGGCAUGCUCCGGCGUAUCGCUGCCAAGGUCUCCAAGAUAUGUAACGAUUUGAGGCUCUUGAGUUCCGGUCCUCGCUGUGGCUUGAGCGAGAUCAAUCUGCCAGCCAAGGCACCUGGCUCUUCGAUCAUGCCUGGCAAGGUGAAUCCAGUGAUUCCUGAAGUCAUGAACAUGUGCGCCUUUGAAGCCAUCGGCAACGACGUCACGGUGGCCUUCGGCGCAGAGGCCGGGCAGCUGGAGCUGAACGUCAUGGAGCAGGUGAUCA